GGACGGAGCUCGACCCACGUUCUGCAUCUCACUCUUGCACACCGAAGCGACUCUUGCUUCUCUCUGCAAGUCGGCAUUCCCUCUCCAGCAUUGUAGACGAGCAUACGCUGCAUUAGAUCACAACAAGAAACACAAAAUCACAUCAUCCGAAGCAGUCCACAUAAGCGGGGCACCAUGGCCUCCUCUUUGCUCCAAUCCGCCAGGAACUCAACCUUCUCAACCUUCCGCCGCUUAUACACCACUCCACAGACCAUGUCCUCGCAGCGAGCAAUGUCCCUCUCAUCAUACCUGGUCAAGCCUGCUGAGCUCAAUGCUGCCUUGAAAGGCAAUGCGCCCACAAAGCUAGCCACCUCUCCUCGAGUCAUUCCCUUGUGCGCCAGUUGGUUCAUGCCGAACGACCCGCAACAGAGAUCUGGAUAUGAGGUCUUCAAGCAGGGACAUAUUCCUCGCGCACGCUUCUUCGACCUCGAUGCAGUCUCAGACACCAGCUCUCCAUACCCCCACAUGCUGCCAAGUCCCCAAGUCUUUACCCAAGCCAUGCGCAAACUAGGCAUUCGUCGCGACGAUAACAUUGUUGUAUACGACAGUGCCGAACUAGGCAUCUUCAGUGCUCCUCGCGUUGCUUGGACUCUACGCGUCUUCGGCCACCCCAGCAUCCACAUCUUGAACAAUUACAAGCUAUGGGUCGAGGAAGGCUUUCCAGUGGAACAAGGCGAACAGCAUGAUCUGCCCGAGUCACAGUACCCCGAGCCCAAGAUCGACCCCUCCAAGGUCGCCGCGUUCGAGGAAGUCAAGGAGAUUGCCAAGGACUGGAACAAGGAGGGUAGAGAGGGUGUUCAGAUCCUCGAUGCCAGAUCUCCUGGUCGCUGGAGUGGUGCCGACCCUGAACCUAGACCUGGUCUUUCCUCUGGCCAUAUCCCCGGCUCCAUCAGCGUCGCUCUGCCUGAGCUCCUAGAUCCCGAGACCAAGACACUUCUUUCGAGAGAUGAGCUGCUCGACAUUUUUAGAACCAAGGGUGUUGAUCCCCUCAAGCCCAUCAUCAGCUCGUGCGGUACUGGAGUGACUGCCAGUGUAAUUGAUGCUGCACUGACCGAGGCCGGCUUCCCCGAGACAAACAGAAAGGUUUAUGACGGCAGCUGGACCGAGUGGGCACAGCGUGUCAAGGCCACCGAAAACUUGAUCCACAAGACCAAAUAAAGGCUACGAUGAUUAAUGACGAGCGAUGCGAGCGUUAUCACGAUACCCAGGAUGUAAUAAUGGCAAAGUGGAAAAGUUUUAGCGGAGCAAAUGAUAGCCAGCGAAUUCACAUAUUGCAAGUUUCCCAGAUAUGUGGCAAGUAUGAACAGCUUCCCCGAUACGUGUGAUUCGUUGAUUGAACCAAUAAGUCUGCGCCCGCGACUCCCUAUAGUGCAGCCAGACCUCCAUGUAAGUUCUCCUGCAGAACAAUGCUUUCGAGCCCCCUCGUAUCGUUCUUGGAACCGCGAUCUUCAAAUCUCAUUCAACCCUCCAUCUUCACAUCUCCCUCAACCUUUGCGACCCUAUCCUCAUUCAACCCCUCAACUCCAUCCUCGAACCCCAAACUCCAACGACAAAAAGUUCCCAAUCUCGCCUUGAGCCCAUCAAUCAUUUC